AUGUUUUGGGCGUUUUCUUUUUUCAAUUGUUGUUACCAUUUUUAUGGAGAAAAUCCACUGAUUUUUAUUGCUUGUAAUAUUUUUUAUCUAUCUAUCUAUCUAUCUAUCUAUCUAUCUAUCUAUCUAUCUAUCUAUCUCUCUAUCUAUCUAUCUCAAUUUUUAUUGCUGGUAAUAUUUUUUAUCUAUCUAUCUAUCUAUCUAUCUAUCUAUCUAUCUAUCUAUCUAUAUAUAUAUAUAUAUAUAUAUAUAUCUUGGUUUCUUCUUGUCUAUCUGUCUCUCUUGGUCUCUUCAUGUCUAUCUAUCUAUCUAUCUAUCUAUCUAUCUAUUGAUCCGCCCCACGAUUACAAAAGUCAAGAUGAUGAUGAUGAUGACGAUGAUAUCUAUCUAUCUAUCUAUCUAUCUAUCUAUCUAUCAUUACAAGGCACGAAAGCCUGUGCACGAUCAUCAUGUAAGGCGCCGUGGAAGGUGGACGUAGGUGAAGUCGCCAACGCAAAAACUGGUUAG